AUGACUGCCGUACAAUUACUUGGACGACAGGCGGCCAAGCCGAAUGACCAGCCCGUGGAUACAACUGUGCAGAAAUGGAAUACCGCGACUCAAUCGCUAUGUAUAGUCGCGAUGACUGUUUUUUUUGCUUUGCGUGCAUACACCCGGGUGUUUAUCCUUAAUGGGUUUGGGAAAGAAGAUUGGACAUGCUUUUGUGCCUAUUUCCUUGGAGUUUCCUAUUCAGUUAUUGCCCUCAUUAUGGGCCACUUCGGUGGAGGCCUACAUUUGGAUGAUGUGCCUCUCGAAGAUCGCAUUUCGUUCUCAAAGACUGUCUAUGUUACCAUGGUCAUGUAUGGGCCAACUGCAUACCUGACUAAAGUGUCCCUCCUCUGGAUCAUGACCCGGGUGUUUAGUCCAUUCCGCAAGUCCGUUAUCUUCAUAUACGUCUUUCUGGGGCUCAUGCUUGCCUACUAUAUUCCCGCGGUGAUCGUGAAAGUCCGAAUCUGCAAUCCGAUCUCGAAGUUCUGGGACCAAUCUAUACCUGGGACGUGCUUGGAUCAAAGGUCCAUUAUCCUCGCCGAUGCGGUGGUCAGCGUGGGAAGCGAUAUGAUUAUCCUCCUAGUCCCGUUACCCCUGACACUACGUCUACAAUUGCCCAUGAAGAAGAAAAUGCGUGUUAUGGGAGUUCUCGGUGCAGGGGGAUUAGCCUGUGCGUCCAGUAUUAUUCGUCUGGUUCUUAUAGUCCUCACAGGGCAAUCGAAGGACGCAACCCUGGCCUUCAUGAGAAUAAAUAUGCUUGGUAAUGCCGAAAUUGCCAUCGGUAUCGUCUGCGCUUGCCUUCCAGCCCUUUCAGCUAUUAUCACUCGUGCCUACUCGGAAUACUCGUCCAACCGUGCCACCACCGGACAGGAGGUGAGCAAAGGGAGAAACCAGAGCUACAAUCGCAGUAGCCGUGCGGACCGAAAUCGAGCAUCGAUUGGUGUGAUGGAGACAGAGUCUGACCAGGAUAUUCUGAUGCAAAAUGUGCAGGGACAGCCUCACGUCGAGACGACGGUGCUUGGUGACAGGGACCAACUGAGCGCGCACCGCAUGGAAUCAGGCAUUCUGAAGACGGUGGAUUUAACCCCCAGUACCAGGAUAUUCAUAAACCCACCAGGAGAAUCUACCACAGGACCCGCUGCCGACGACGACGACGACGAAGUCGAACCCGAGGUUGAAGCCGAAGAUGUCGUUGGACUCCCAGUCACAGAAGAAGGACCCUGGGUAUUCCCCGUCAUCGACGCAUGGGUACUAGCCCCCGUGGACGUAGUACCGCCGCUCGAACCAGUAGCAGAGACAUGA